AUGGAUUAUAUCCAUGGUAUCUUGACGGCCCAGCCUGUCACCAAGGCUGUCACUGUAUCCGCCACCAAAGUUUACGAUUCUUCCCUCAGACAGCACUUGGCCACGCUAAUCAAGAACGCUCCCAAAAUUCGAGCCGAUGUCCCGACCUAUGCAGUUGAUCUGCUCUCAACACUUGACCCGGCAGUACACUCCAUCGGUUAUCUCGUUGUCUUGGAAAUCCUUCUCGAGCGGUCCGACUCCGGUCCGAUGAUAUCUCAAGAAUGUCUACUAGACAAAGUAGUAGAAUUUGUUCUACACUUCGACCCCAUACAAAUUCGAUACUAUGGGCAGUCCAUGUCAGCCCUGCUUGAGAAGAUAGCAUGUGGCAAGCUCUUCCCACCCACCACAGCAGUUCAAUUACUUUCAAUAGCCAUACUACGCAUCGACCCCACCGGGUCUCUCUUUACGACGACCCAUCUUCUGCUGGCUAAGCUCGCGUACACUUCCAAUACCGUCGAAUCAGCCAUGGAGAUCUUCGACUGCGAUAUCCUCUUCUACCCAAAUAUGAGUAGCUCUAAAGAUGGCAAACCACUGUGUGACCCAAGUCUAGCGCCCGUCGCUUACAUUUCAACGCAGUCUGGGCUGACGGACACUGUGCGGCCCGCCACGGUUUUGGAAUACGAUCAUCUCCGUGGCCUGGCUUACAUGUCUUUGGGACUUUGGUCCAAGGCACGAGAGGCAUUUGAAAAGGUCAUAUCUCACCCUUCCAAAGAUAAAAGUGUCAGCAAAAUCAUGAUAGAAAGUCACAAGCGAUGGAUUUUGGUAGGACUUCUCAGCCAAGGCAAAACACCGACCGUCCCUCCUUUUACAUCUGGAUCCGCCAACACGUGUUACAAAGUUACAGGGAGGUCUUACAUAAACUUAGCAGAUGCUUUCAGCAACUCCAACGCAGAGAAACUUAAAUCCCUGAUUGAGGACAAUGCUUCACUCUGGGAAGAGGAUGGCACGGGCAGUCUAGUUGCUGAAAUUCUAUCGUCUUACCAGAAAUGGCAGAUUAUCUCACUACGUCAAGUUUAUCAGCGAGUUGGUAUCUCGCAAGUUCGGGAAAUGACGCUUAGCGCACAAACGGGCAAGCCACUGGAAAAUGAUGGAGAGGCACUCUCCUUGAUCCGUCAAAUGAUAGAGUCGGGCAUGCUAGACGGGCACAUUGAACAGGACGGCAGCGAAAGUUACCUAUCGUUUCAAGACGAUAACGACGUGGUAUCCGAAGCACAAUUCGCCAGGCAAAUCGCGCAGAGCCACCAUACCAUUGAGUUGCUUGGGAAACACUAUCAGGCAAUGAACGAUAGAUUAACCGGAAGCAAGGAGUAUGUGAAACACCUUGUAAGAGAGCAGAAGCGUGCUGAAAAAGACGUUACGGAUGCCGGCAUCGGAUUUGAUUCUCAAAUAGAGGACGAGGAUUUAAUGGCUGGUAUUUUGCCACAUACUUGA